AUGCCAUACGAGGGCGUUAUACGGAAAAGAUGGACGAAGAAGACGCGUACUCAACGUAAAGCUAUUCUUGAACGCUCAUGGCAUACGCAAAUGCCGCACCAGCAUCGCCCAGACCUUCGCGACUACUACAGAGUCGAAAGACGAGAGUUCAGCGAGGCUUCCACUUCCACGAUCAGAGAAGAUGUAUACAAAUGGCCAUAUAUCAAUACGGAGGACCUCGUGACUCCAACACAUGUUUUACAACUUCUGAACUCUCGCGGACGGACUACACCCAACAAUUUUGCCGAGACGGACUGGCAAAGCUCAGAGCUCGGUCGCAACAUCAACGUUAUCAAGGUGCGUCCGAUAUAUUACGACCCAAAUGACGAAGGCCAACACAAAGCUCUAUUGGAAGACGAAUCCAACGGCAAGGAACCCGAAGAUUCGGAAACUGAGGAGACAGUACGCGAAUGGAAAGACAAAUACAAACCCAGCGAAUGGGGUUACUAUCUGAUGAUGCAUCCUACUGAUCUACAAGAAUACGGGUAUCCGGUCAAGCUUCCGGUCGCUCUGGAAUCUCAAAAAAAUGUGAGGCGCGCGAGCGAGGCUCUUAUCGUCCUACAGAUACAGCAGCCCCUGAUGGCCUUCCUCGUCAAAAUCUGCCUUGAGCUACUUCCCGACGUAGAAAUCAGUCUGGAGAGGAUCACGGCCUUCUUCCAAGCCCCCGAGGACCUCGAGCCCCUUGCGACCUUCAACCGAGCCCCCAAACAGCCCGAGCCCCCCGAAAUAAGGACGACAAAAGAAGAUGGAUGGGACUCGGCUUUCGCACUAGCCCAAAAAAUCCCAUACUCCGUCCCACACUGGACCGACUUUGAUACAAUCAUGUCCUCUAUAGCGGCUAGGAUACACGAGUGGGAGGACCAUGCCUGGGCUAUGCGCGAUGAUCCAUCCUAUUUCACUAAUGCUGUUGGCGAGUUCUGUAAGUGGGAUGCGCCGUGA